UAUUCUAUAGGUUUGGGAAGUAAGUCGUAUGAUUAAGUGAUAUGUGAGUAGAAGUUGUCGACAUGGUUUGUAGUACCCUCUCGUUUUCUUGUUGACUGACAAUGUUACACAGUAUGAAUUACAUCCGCGUCGGAGACGAUUGUCGUUUAACUUUUUAAACGACUUCUUCCCUUUCAAGAAUGAAGACGUCGUAUUGACUAUAUCGUUCAUAUAUAUUUAUAUUUUUAACACGAAUAUUACCGAUUUCCUAGUGAUUUGUUGUUAAAUAAUAUCGAUAUUUGUGGAAUACGAGGAUCAAACAAAAUGGAGAAAACUAACACGUUGUUAUUACCUGGCCAACGUAUACGUCCAAAUAUGAGCGAAAAAACAGCCAUCGAUCUAUUAUUCAAGAUUUAUGGUAUUACAGUGACGGACAUCAAAGAAUUGAAUGGUUACGACGAUAGAAAUUAUCACGUACAUUGUACAAAAUCACAUAAUAAUCCUUAUAUAUCAGAAAUCAGUGAACACGGAUAUGUUUUCAAAAUCAUAAAUUUAUUGGAUUCCCGGAAUACCCAAGUGAUAGAAGCGCAAACUGAAAUGUUGAUAUUUUUGAAGGGUUAUUUCAAAUGUCCAAUUCCUGUUAAAAAUUUAACUGGUGCAUAUUAUUCUUCGGAGAAGAUUAACAAUUCCGAGGAAAGUUACGUGAUAAGAUUACUCGUAUAUCAACCAGGUCAACUAUUGAAUCGUGUGAAGUAUUUGAACAAGGAAUUGCUGUUUAAAGUUGGACAUUUAGCAGCCGAUCUGGACACAAGACUCUCCAAAUUUCAUCAUCCAGCUUAUGAACAUCACAGAAGUAUGUGGAUGUUGAUAUCGAUGUCGAAACUUCACUCAUUUGUAUUCGCUGUGCCGGAUGAAACUCAAAGAGAAUUGGCUAGCGCAGUAAUUCGUACUUUUGAAAAUGAUGUCCUCAAAUUUGUACCGAUUCUCGAACAAGGCAUGAUACACGGUGAUUUGAACGAACAAAAUAUUUUAAUUAACGACGAUGGGACCGACAUUGUUGCGAUCAUCGAUUUCGGUGAUGUGCAAAAAACAUGUCUCAUAUUCGAACUUGCUAUAGCUAUUUGUUAUAUGUUACUCGAAAGUAAAGACAUUGCUGAAUGCAAACACGUGAUCAAGGGGUAUCAAAGUAUUAGAAAAUUAACGAUUUUGGAGAAGAAGAUUCUCAAGGUCAGUGUUUGUGCUAGGAUCUGCCAGAGUCUUGUGAUGGGUGCUUAUUCUUAUUUAAACGAUUCUAAGAAUAAAUAUCUUCUUACCACUCAAAAAACUGGCUGGACAUUGUUGAAAAAACUCUGGCCUAUGACCGAAGAUGAAAUAUUCAAUAUUUGGGAUCUUUCAUAUUCAAAUUAAAUCAAUAGCUUUUUCUUUUUUGUAUGUGAAUGAUAUGUCAAUUAAACGAGCAAUAAAUAAUAUUAAUUAUGCAA